GAGUUUGGAUUCUUGAACCGAGAUGGAUAUGUCGUCGCCCUCGCUGCCAUACGGCUCCAAAAAGCGGGUCAAGAUUCACCCCAACGCGGUGACGGUGAAGUACGCCACUCACUUCCCCCAGCCGGGUGACGAGGGCUACGACGACGCCCCCUCCUUCGAAGACUUCGGCGCCUUCGCCGAAGCUAACGUCGGGAAGAGGCUGGUGACCGAGAGCAAAGGCGGCAGGACUUUCUUUGGAACCAUGGAGACCCAGGCCAAGCCGCCCGGCACCCCAAGGGACAAGGGGGUGGGCGGUCAGUUGGCCAGCUUCGGCGAAGCCAACGUGCUGGCCUCCAGGGUGACCUGGAUGGCCCUUUUCGGGGCAGCGGUCGCUCACGGCUGCGUGGCCUUGAUCACCCGUCUGGCGGCGGACCGCUCCAAGGUGCCCUCCCUGGAGUUGCUCUUCAUCCGCUCGGUGAUCCAAGUGCUCUCCAUCCUGGUGGUCUUCUAUCACCACGAGGCUCCCUUCGGACCCAAAGGCUACAGACUGCGUCUCUUCUUCUACGGCGUGUGCAACGUCAUCUCCAUCACGUGCGCCUACACGUCCUUCGCCAUCGUGCCGCCCAGCAACGGCACCAUCAUGUGGCGCGCCUCCACCACCGUCUUCAGCGCCGUGCUGGCAUUCCUCUUGCUGGAUGAGCGUUUGGCAUACACGGACGUGGUCACGGUGGUGGGCAGCGGGUUUGGCCUGUGCCUGGUAAUGCAUCACCAGCAGCAGACCCUCAGCUUCAUCCCCGUCCUCUUCAUCAUCCCUGAAGAGCGCCACGUUUGGGAAGGAGAGGAGCGUCGAGAGCGCGCAACCAGCCAUCACCAGCAGCAGACCCUCAGCUUCAUCCCCGUCCUCUUCAUCAUCCCUGAAGAGCGCCACGUUUGGGAAGGAGAGGAGCGUCGAGAGCGCGCAACCAGCGUUCGUCUCGAUGCCGCACCAACCCCCACCGCCUCUCAGACGCGCGUUCCACUCCAGUCCGAGGGGUUGAAGAUGCAGGAGAAAUGGCUGUGGGGACAAAUGACGCUCAAUCUUCUUUUAUGA